GCUUUGCUCUGAGUCUAAGGUAGAUUUUGAGAAAGACUCAAAGAGUGGCUCAAUCUACCAGUAUUGAGACCUCCUACAGGAAUUCCAGAUUUUUUGGAAUUAUAAGCUUAGGUACGUCUUUAGCCACGUAUGCGCGGUGAGUUGACCACCUGGGCACUAGGAAAUCUGAAAAGCCACGCACAUAUGGCGUGUGAAGAGCUCUAUAGCAGUAGUAAAAGGUAGAUACUAGAGCCUGAGGCGUUUCCUUCUCCCUCCUCCCGCAGCGAUUGUACGUCUCACUUUUGCUGAGAAUGAAACCUUGAUUGUGGCUUUUUUUGCUCUCGCUUGGCCUUUCCCACCGCGGUUGUGGUACAAUCCACUUAGAUUGGCCAUGCUCUCUAAUCUGCUGCGACGGCCUUUUGCUGCGGCUGCUGCCACCGUGCGGCGCACGCGGGGUCUUGAGGAGUUUUUUGAAGGGGGGCCUCUUAAGAAGGACGAGCCGCUGGUGGUUGGGAGGGAAUGGAAGGCCAGCGAUUUGCGGCUAAAGUCGUUUGACGACCUUCACAAGCUGUGGUAUGUGUUGCUUAAGGAGCGGAACAUGCUGGCAACACAGAAGGAAAUCCAUCGAAAGGCCGGCUAUGUCAUGCCCCGCUUGGACCGGAUACCGAAGGUGCGGAAGGCCAUGUGUCGAAUAAAACACGUUCUUACUGAGAGAGCACUCGCCGAAUCUGACGUCCAAAAACGGGCUGUAGCAAAGAAAGUAAUUAACGACAUGUGAAAUGGGACGCUGAUUCCAGCGCAUAUUACUCUGUAGAAUACAAUGGACAGUGAAGCCUCCAGAUCUGACCAUCUUGCCAUCAGGUUUAGAUCAUCAUGGUAGGAAUGACACACCAGGUUUGGUGCCAGCCAAUCAGAAUCGGUUGAGUUACGUUUGCAAUUGAAGGUCCACUUGCACAUGUGCCAUGCAGCAGACUGAGUAAGAUAUUGUGCUACUAUAUGGUAUGACUUUGAAUGAUUGCAAUGAUCCG